GAGGACAAGUUUAAAAGUUUACAGCUCUAUUACACUUGCACCUUCAAUGAUAAUCCUUAUCACAGAGAUCAUUAGGAGAAAUGUCUGAUAUACAUAUAUUCUGUGCCAGGAGUUUCAUUUAUUGCCCCUGGCUGGCAAGCUGCAGCGAGUCCUUAACUGUUAAAUAGUUACGAGAGAGAGAGAGAGAGAGAGAGAGAGAGAGACCUUUGUUACAAUGUCAUGACUGUGAACCGCACGUUUGCCUUAUCCUGUUGUUGCAUACCACGCCAGAAGUUGCUAUUAAAAACAUCUCGGGUUGCAACCAGAAACAAUGUUGUGCAAAUCUAAGGACAAAAUCCCACUCUUUAUUUUCAUAGCGCUGUUGCUUCAGCUGUUAUCCAGGACUGCUGCGCAGUCAUGUGCCAGGAGCUGCGGUGAGAAAUUUGACAAAUGCUCCUGUCAUGCAACAUGUGAAUCUCUGAAGGAAUGCUGCGCAGAUUAUAAACAGUUUUGCCUUGACAUUGAACCACACUCCGGAUCUUUACUGGGAGGAACUGACUUUAAAAUUCUUAACGUCACAUUUGAGCAGAACAUUAACCUCACUUGUAGGUUCAAGUCAGAGAUUUUGACCGAGGGCUAUGUGGAUGUGAACGGCGAGGGUCACUGUAUCUCUCCUAUGCUGUAUGAGUCGGGCUGGAUCCCUUUUGAUGUCACUACAGAUGGAGUCAACUAUGACAGAGCAGGGAGAUGGCUCACAGUCCAUCACAGUAAGCUGGGCCCUGCUUACAAGAUAAUUCUGGGCAACGACACACAGUGGCAGUACUAUGGCACUCCUAACGUCAGCGGGGAUUUAUGGAUGUUAUGGAAUUCAUCUCUAAUAAAAGCAGAGAGAUUGAACAUCGAGCUGUGGGGUUACAAUGAGACUGGAGAGGCAUAUUCUGAUAACUGGAAGGGAGAGUGGAAGUAUCUGUACACUGUGGGCAGAGAUGUGCUCAACAAUGGCAUUUUCAGUUUCACCCCGAAGCCUGCAGAAAAGCCAUAUUCACUCUGGGACUUGGGUAGCAUGCGGGUCAGCCCGAGCACCAAACCAGACGGAGCUUGGGAUGUGAAUGCCAUGUGGAGUGAAGCACAUGCAGUGGCCUGGCAUCUAGAGGAGGCGUUCCAAAAGGACUCAGAAAGCUGGGCCCAGUUUAAGUGUCUCAUUUGGGAUAAAGAGGAGAAAGCAAUGCCCAGCUUCCAGACGGAGAUCAUUGAUUGCCCCUGCACGCUGGCCCAGGCUCGCGCUGACACUGGAAGAUUCCAUACUGAUUAUGGAUGUGAUAUGGAUUCAGGCAGUUUCUGCAUCUACCAUCCAGGUGCCAUCCACUGUGUCAGAGCCAUACAGGGCAGUCCUCAGUAUGGUGCCGGUCAGCAGUGUUGUUAUGACAGCACUGGAGCUCAAGUGCUAACAGGGGACUCUAUUGGUGGCAGCACCCCAGAUCGAGGGCAUGACUGGGGGGCGCCACCGUACAGAAAACCCCCUAGAGUUCCAGGAUUCUCACACUGGAAGUAUGACGUGAUCAGUUUCUACUACUGCUGCCUGUGGUCAGAUAACUGUGAGUACUACUUCACUCACCGACCAUCCAGUGACUGCAGAAUGUAUCGUCCUCCUAGAGCAGCUGCUGUUCUCGGUGACCCCCACUUCAUGACUUUUGAUGGUGUGACUUUCACCUUCAAUGGGAAAGGAGAGUACCAUCUUGUGCAGUCCUCAACCUAUCAGCUGUCUGUGCAAGGCAGGACUGAGCCAAUGAAAUUCGAGAACGGUUCUGUUGCUAUGGCAACCCGGCUCUGUUCAGUCGCCAUGAGAGAGAAAGACUCUGAUGUCAUUGAGGUACGUCUUGCAGACCAGUCUGAACAUCUACAGGUGUUAAUGAACCAAGAGGUGCUUUCUUUCUCUGAGCAAAAAUGGAUAGACCUGAAAGGUGUUUUUAUUUUUUCCCCUAAACCCACUAAUGUGACGGUGAUGUUUCCAUCGGGGGCAGGAGUAGAGGUCAGGGGAGUUGGAGGGGUCAUGAGCCUUACCGUUCUACUGCCCCAAGACUUUCACAACAACACUCAAGGGCUGCUUGGUAUAAUGAAUGAUGACCCUGAAGAUGAUUUCACCUCUAGUAAUGGUGUGAUCAUUCCUCCAAACAGCAGUGCACAGGACAUAUUCACCUAUAGUGCUGGCUGGGCCAUUACGAAUGAAACUUCACUGUUUACAUAUGACUCAACGCACCUCCUUAAUGAAUAUUACUAUGCGCUGAAGCACGAUCCAUCUUUUAUCCCAAACUUUUCUGUGACUGAGGACCCAGAGGAUCCAUUGCUGGAGGCAACGCUGAAGAUGUGUUCAGGAGAGGGGGAGCAGUUCUGUAAAUACGAUUCGCUGAGUAUGCGCAGUCUGGAACAAGGCAAUAGCACACUGCUGUUGUACCGGAGUCACACAUCCACCAAGAAAGCUCUGAAACUUGUGCAGUCGUGUGGCUGGUUGUCUCCACCUUACCAUGGUCAGAAGGAAGGAACCUUUUACCUAGAGAACGCGACUGUCAAGUUCUCAUGUAACAAUGGAUACCAUCUCUAUGGGUCCCAAGAACGCACCUGUCAGGGGGACGGCAAGUGGUCUGGACAGGAUACACACUGUGUGAAGGAUAAUACUCUGGCCAUCGUACUGGGCAGUAUUGGUGCUGUGUUGGCUGUGGUUGUCAUGGUGAUAGCAAUCGUCGUUCACACAAGGAAUCAAAAGAGAAAGGCAAUAAGACAUCAUGAAGACAAGGUGACCUAUCAGCAACAUGCUUCAAACCUGUGAUUUUCAUAACAUUCAGCUUAUGUAGAUCCUUAUGUAGAACAAAUGUAGAUCCUUAUACAAUUGUAAAUAGAUUUCAUUAGAAAAGUAUCAGAAUACGCUUUAAUCUUAAGUUUUAAAUUGCAUACUUAUUGACUGUAGACAAUAGUUUAGCUCUUCCUAGAACACCAACUGACAUUGCUGCUAAUGUCAUAUUCUCUGCAUUUCACAAUUUUUGAAGGUAUAAUAGCAUAUCAGAAACAAUCGCUUGGUUCCAAAAUCUAAAGCUGCCUACCUAGACAGCAUUUUAAGACAUCAUAGGGGCACUCCUUACUAGGGGUGGGCGAUAUACCGGUAAAAAAAAUGUGUCAACCAGUACAAAUUUGAGUAUUGUCUCUAUUGCAGUUAUGCAAAAUGCUGCAUCAUGGUAGGGAAUGUGUAUUUCAAUCAGAGGGUGUACUACAAAUAAUCAUUAUAAUAUAAUCAUUAUUUAAUUUGUAUGCAUCAUUAGUAACUUUUGCCUUAUUUUGCAUUAAAAUGUGCCUUUUUCCUCAUGGCCUUGGAUGAGACACACCCAUAAAGCAUGCAGGCAGAGAGAGAGAGAGAGAGAAAGUGAAGACAUGCAAAGAUGGUUACAAUGAAAAUGAAUUGUUCUAUUUCAUGCCCACUAAAUGGUUUUCUUUUCUUUCCUUUUUUUAUUUUAUUUUUUAUUUGUCAAAAUAACUGACAGCAUUUUGGAGUUGUUCAUCAAUGUUUUAAAAAUUGCUAAAUAACAAAACAUUUCCUGUGUAUGAACAUAAAUGUGUCGGCUAUGUCAUUCAACUGGUAGAGAGUAGCUCAACUGGUAGAGAGAGCAUGGUGCUAGCAAGAUCAUGGGUUCAAUUCCCAGGUAACACACACAAACUGAUUGAAUGUGCUGUAAGUUGCUUUGGAUAGAAUUGGCUGCCAAAUGCAUGAAUGUAAAUAAAAUAUUGCAAUAUA